AUGUUGGAGCCAAGUCCAAAUGUGCACUUGGAAAAAGACGACAGCUAUCUGCCCGAAGUCUGGGCCUGGUAUGCCAUCGGCGUCUUCAUAAUUCUCCUACGAUUCGCAGUUCGUGUCCGUACCGUCGGGAUUCGAGGCUUCCGCGGCGACGAUUAUUUGGCUUUACCUUAUCUCGUGUUAUACAGCAUCAAUGUUUACGUAGUCCAAAUCUGCUAUUACACAGGGGCCAAUAUCGACAUCACUUCAGAUGCAGUACCGUCGCUGUCGGAUCACGAUGUUGCAGUUCUUCAGCUGGGAUCGAAAUUGGAGUUCAUGUCAUGGUACACGUACCCUGGGGUCUUGAAGUUCACCGUACUAUUCUUCUACAAGCGUCUAACACUCGGAAUUCUACGAAGACGGAGUCUUGUCGCAUUGUUCUGGAUCUGCGGAUUAUCCUACGUCGUGCUGUGUCUCACCGUGACACUCAGCUGCCAACCCUAUUCCGACAACUGGCGAAUCCGACCUCUACCAGGCCCAGAGUGCACAUUUCGACCACAAAACUUCUGGAUGCUGCUAUGGCUCAACGUUCUAACCGACGCCGCCCUCCUCUCCAUCCCCGUUCCGAUUCUCUGGCACCUCCGCGUGUCCCUUAGACGCAAGAUCGGCGUCGGCAUCCUGCUCUCGUCCGGCGUCUUUGUCAUUUCGACUGCCAUCGUUCGUGCGGUCACGACCUUGGGCGGUGCGCCGUCCGUCAUCAACAUCAACCGCUGGGGGUUCCGCGAGACCGCCGUCGGACUCAUCACCGUCACCUUGCCGGUCCUGAGCCCGCUGUUCACAAGGGCGUUUUGGCGCCGCGGCCCAUAUAUUCGCGACUACUACGAUCGGCUGCGCGGUCCGAGGACGCCUCCUAAUAACGCUAGGUUUGGGAACUGGCUGGGGACGAUGGUUCUCAAGUAUAUUGAUGAGGAGGAAGGGGAUGUAUUACGCAGCCCCAGCGCGGCAAAGCAGUUGGAAGAGGCGGGGUACCGAAGGGAAUGUGCCGAGCGUGCGGGUUCCUACAGUAAAGGGGAUACCUAUGAGUUGGAAACGCAGAGCGGCGAUACGAGCACGAAAAGCUUGAAAGGCAUUGAGACGGUAUGA